AUGGUGACGACGUUCUUCGACCUGCCUCUCGAGCUCCGUAAUAUGGUUUACCAUGAGCUUUGGGAGUGUACACCGCGUAUCGCGAUUCAGAAUGAGGGGCUCAACAAUACUCUGUAUGCACACCACACGAGUGCAUGCUGCGACAUGGGAAAGCUGAGCCGCAUGCCGUUGUGGCUCUUGACCAGCAAGCAAAUGUUGAAAGAAGCCGUGGACGAGUUUCAGUUGAACGCCCGCUGGAACAUUGCGCUCGAUGAGGAGGACACUUUCACAUAUGAGCCUCACAUUCUUUCGCUGCUUGAAGCUCGAUACUUGAGGGUUAUAUUCUUUCCACAUGCUGUCAUGUUUGCAGGAGAUGGACUGCCACCCGCGAGUGGGAUUCUCUUCCCAGGUGGUGCUUGCAAAACCCUCUACGCUCUCGUCACUCAGCUCGCAGCUCGUCAAGCCAUCAGAGAGCUCACCUUCAGGAUGUACUUGGCCUCCUACUCGGAAUCUGAUACUCCAGACGUAGACAUCUCAGAUUUGGCGCUUGACGUGUUGUCUGGCGGCAAGCUGAAUAAAUUCACUGUUAUCAUCACCGAAUGCUGUGCUGGUCCCAUGGAACCAGCACAGAAGAGUUCAUGCGAGGCCAAGUUUGCGAAACUGGGAGAAGCUUUCAUGAAGAGCGGGUUGGGACAGAAGAGAUGGGUACGGAAGACAGGCCCCGGGAGAUUCGUUUCACGCUUGAGCGGUGUUGAGAAGGUCUGUUUGGUCGAAGGCAAUCUGUUGAAGGGAUCUGUCACCCUGCAGAGUUGGUAUCGGUGCGGGUUGACCUACCGACACGGCUUCGUCCUCUUCAUUGAUUGUUCAACAACGCAUCUGCCGCUCUACGGCGAAUCGACGUCUCAUGUAAGACCUUACCCCACACUCCUUCUUUUAUGCUCGUCUAACUUUGAUUAA